UCCAUAUUCCAUGUACGCGAACGCGACUUUUCAGAAGUAGAAGAGCAACGCUUCGUCGGUCAGUUCAUCGAGCUCUUCUUUACCCUCGCCAACAACAACACAACGUCCAGAUUUCUCAAACGCCGUUUCAGGAGUCAUCCAAUGGCUUCAAUGGUAGCCACGGACUGUUCUCCCUCCUCCGCCGCUGCCCGCCUCCUCCCUGUUCGCCUCAGGACUGACGCUUUUUCCCUCCGCCGCUUGCUCCAUUUGGGCCCCACAUGCUCUACCACCUCGCCUCGAUAUUUCGUUCUUCGCUCUUCUCCUUUUUCAACGUCUCCUGUGGUUCCCACCGCUGCCAUGGCUACUGAGGCUUCAGCUGAGGUGAUUGAUGGGAAAGCGGUGGCAAAGAAAAUCAGAGAUGAAAUAACAGCUGAAGUUUCCAGGAUGAAAGAAGCCAUUGGUGUCAUUCCAGGUUUAGCUGUAAUCCUUGUUGGAGAUAGAAAGGACUCUGCAACUUAUGUGCGGAAUAAGAAGAAGGCUUGUGAAUCUGUGGGAAUAAAUUCUUUUGAAGUUCAUUUGCCUGAGGAUUCUACAGAACAAGAAGUGCUAAAACAUAUUUCAGACUUCAAUGAUGACCCAUCAGUUCAUGGAAUACUUGUUCAGUUGCCUUUACCUUCAUGCAUGAAUGAGCAGAAUGUCUUGAAUGCUGUUAGGAUUGAGAAGGAUGUGGAUGGUUUUCACCCAUUAAAUAUUGGUCGCCUUGCCAUGCGUGGUAGAGAACCCCUAUUUGUUCCAUGUACGCCCAAGGGAUGCAUAGAGCUAUUGCACAGAUACGGUGUCUCUAUGAAAGGAAAGAGGGCUGCUGUGAUUGGUCGGAGCAAUAUUGUAGGAAUGCCCGCUGCUCUCUUGCUGCAAAGGGAAGAUGCAACUGUCAGUGUUGUCCAUUCCAGAACCAAUAUUCCUGAGGAGAUCACAAGACAGGCAGAUAUAAUAAUCUCUGCUGUUGGACAACCAAACAUGGUCAGAGGAAGCUGGAUUAAACCGGGCGCAGUCAUUAUUGACGUUGGAAUCAACCCAGUAGAGGAUCCAAAUAGCCCUCGAGGUUAUAGGUUGGUUGGAGAUGUUUGCUAUGAAGAAGCCUGCAAAGUUGCCUCGGCUAUUACCCCAGUUCCUGGAGGAGUUGGUCCUAUGACCAUAGCUAUGCUUCUCCAAAAUACCCUCAUCUCUGUUAAAAGGAUUCAUAAUUUUCAAUAAUUUAUAUGUUCGAUCAUAUCA